CAAUCUAUCAAAGAGUUUCUCCGAAUGGAGGAGAAAACUGGAAGAGGAUGAAGAAUCCACACAGAAACUGAUCAAUGAGGAGGGGCUCCGAGCCCUCUCACAGAUUAGAAGUCAUUCAGAAGCAAUAAACAAGAGGAUGGAACAGAUUACAUUAAUAAAUGGAGAAACCCAGAGUCUGGUGCAGAGAGACCGUCUCUCCUUUAUUCAGAAUUCAAAGCGGCUUCUUUCCAGAGUGACUGAGUCUCGGAGAAUUACAAACCCAGGUGUUGCAGAGCUCAACCCGAACCUGUCCAAUAUAUCUCAACUUAUCCAGAAGAAGCUGAAUGGAUGGGAAAAGUACCACACAGACAUAUUGGGAAUCAUCAGGAAAAACUCCUUGAGCCUGGAUCCAAAGACAGCAAACUGGAACUUGGUUCUGUCUGAUGAUCUGAGAUCAGUAACAUGGACUGAACAUGAACAACCCUACCCACCUGACCCAGAGAGAUUUAAAGAGCGUCCCCAAGUCCUCUGCUCCCAGAGCUUUUCUUCUGGAUCCCAUUCCUGGGAUGUGGAAACUAACGGGGAUUACUGGAGAAUAGGGAUUGUUUAUGGAAGUUUAGAGAGGGAGGGGGAAAUCUCUUAUCUUGGGAACAACGAUAAAUCCUGGAGUUUGGAUUUUAUUGCUGGUUACCUGACAGCCUGGCACAAUUCCCAGUUCACAGUCCUCCUAUCGAUUCCGUCUAAAAACAGGAUCUGGGUUCAGUUGGAUUAUGAGGCUGGGACUGUGUCAUUUUAUCAGGUCACUGACUUAGUGACACAUACUUACACAUUUCAAACAAGAUUCACUGAACCAGUGUUUCCAGCAUUUUAUAGUUGGGACAAAUCGUUAAAACUGUUAAAUUAAUUCUGAUAUCUGAGACUCUGUUACAUCACUUCUGGUUCAGGGGAUUUGAUGAUGACACUUCCAGCCUUUUGGGCUCUAAAUGAGACAAAAGCUGUGCAAGAGCCCAAGGUAAAAUCCCUGUGUCUGCAUAUUCAGGUUCAAGGCAGUGUUUGGGCAUUGGACCUCAUGUGGCGUGACAUC